UUGUAUCAAGGAUUUGAAUCACACCCAUCUUUGAAAAGUAUUGAUCACUUGUAUUUGUGACUUUUUGAUAUUGGUUACGUAAUAACCGCUCUUAAAAUAUUCGUAACCCCUAAACUACUAAACGGAAUUUCGCUAGAUUCAAUCCAACCUUGCAGUGAUUGGCUAAUAAGGAACCAAUAAUUGUGAGGAGAAUAGGAGCUUGGCGAUUUCUACGAAGUAAUAGUCAAUUAUCUUUGUGACUGCCGUUCAACUUAUUUUGUUAACAUUCUAAAACCAAUUUUGAAGGUUUGCACCAUCUUCUACUGAGCAUCCAUGGAUCACAUUUCAUUAAAAUCAAAUAACUUCAGCUCCAGUCUGAUAAAUUCAUUAGAUCACUUUAAGGAUGUUGAUAGUUUUGUUGACGUCACUCUUGUUUGUGAGGGACACAAUGUAAAAGCUCACAAAAUCAUAUUGUCAGCGGGGAGCAAUUUACUACGUCGUUUAUUGCUUGCAAAUCCAGCAAAACAUCCAAUUAUUAUUUUGACUGAAACUAAGUAUGACACUUUAAGAAUAAUUAUUGACUUUUUGUACAAAGGAAGAAUUGAUGUUCCGAGAAAUGAUUUAAAAAAACUAUUGCAGAUUGCUAUCACCUUUGAAAUGAAUGAAUUAAAAAAAUUGUGUGAAGAAAAUCUGAACAGUAAAAAAGUUGACAAUGAAUUAAACUUGCAUCCUUGCUUAAAAUCUCCUGAUUUAAGUGGAUCUUCACCUAAGAAAAAACGUCAGCGAAGACUGUCGACUGACUCUGAUAUUUUAAUUAAUGAAAUCGUUCCAAAGAAAGAAAACACUUAUUCAUCUUGCAGAUUUGAACAAUCUGAAAUAUCUGUAUUGACUGAAACUUUAUCUGAAGCUACACAAACAGAAUUUGAUCCUCAAAUAACAGAUGCACGAAGUGUGAGUAAAUCUUCCAUAGAAUCAUCAAUUGAAAGCGACUUAAAUGGUACAUAUGUUCAAACACCUCAGCAGAAAGAUGCAUCUACAGAAUGUGGUAUUCAACCUCUUAAGGAAUUAAAGUGCAAUUUUGUACCAAUAAAGUCAUCAAGAGUAACAGUAAAACCUGUAUAUAAUGAAAAAUCAGAUGAUUCUGAGUCAGAUACCCAAAAUAAAUCGGUUCAAAAGAACAGGAAACGUUCACCGAUUUGGCAACAUUUUACUGCAAUAACUUCCACUUAUGCUGCCUGUAACAUCUGUCAAGGAAAAUUAUCCUAUAGAACAACUGUCACAAAUUUAACAAAACACUUACUUAAAAAGCAUAGACAAUUUGAUCCAAAAAAUCCUCCAAAACUUCUAGAAGUACCGUUGCUAAAAGCUCAACGUGAACAACUGGAGGCAUUUGAAGAAAUAGACUUUAAUUUUACUGAAGACGAAACUGGUAUUGAAGAUGCUGAGCAUCUGCAAUAUGAAGUAACAGAUGAAAGUAUUCCAUCAACUUCAACACCAUGCAUUUUGAAAAUUACUUGAUAAUUUUUUAUUUCACCAAGGAACAUUGAUUUUGAUUGUUUACAUGUGCAGUCUCUUAAAUUUUGUUGAACAUUCUUUAUCAUCUGAUUUAUUUUGCUGUUCUUUUUUUUCUUAUGAGAUACCAUAUGAGAUAUCUUUUAUACCAAACAUUUUUUUCAAAAAUUGGAAUUUUAUCUUUUCCAUUUCUAUGGAAGUAUUCCAAGAUGGUGAUCAUUUUCAGCAUAAUUAAACUGAUGAAGGUAUUUUAUCAACUUCAACUCCAUUCGUUUUGAAAAUUACUUGAUGAUUUUAAUUUUAUAUCCUCCAAAAAAAAAAGCUUCAAUUUUGAUUACCUUUAUUUAAAAUCUUUUUAAUAUUAUAGCAAAAUUCCUUAUGAUUCUUUUAUCUAUUUGUGUAACUGUGCAUGCAUGUCAUGUGUACUAUCAAUUUUUACUCUUACUUUAGUUUUUUUCCCCUUUCCUAAUGUAUAUAAUUUUUAAACAUUGAUAAUUUUUGUUUGUAAUCAAUUUGCAUUAAAUGAUAAGAAUGCAGAACUGCUGUUCAUGCCAAAAGAAUUAUAUACCUCAUUAAGCAUAUAUGUUAAAAUUUGGGUAUAUUUUCUCAAUUGCUACUUUCAGCUAAUCAGAUAAUAUUGGUGUUGAACUGUAAGCAUUAUUUUCUAUAUGUUCUUAAUGCAUAUAGCUGAGAUUUUUGCUUUUUUAAUAAUUAGUUUUGAAUAGUUUGUUAGUAAAUAAAAAUAAUAAUUACAUUUUUAACUUGAUGUUGGUAGCUUUUAAAAAAUUGUAACUGAAACAAUUACCAACUUUUAUUAAAAUUUAAAAUUGAAAGUUCCUAAACUUUAUUUCUUGCUAUCUACUCUUAUUUUUAAAAAUUUGUGUGAAUACAAUUGAAUUGUAAAGUCAAAAUAUAUACAUUUGUAAGAACACUGUUCCCAUACUUAUCUAUAAAAAUAUUUUGCUGUAAUAUUUUUUCAAUUAAUUUUUAUUUAUUAUUAACUAUUCUAUAUUUUUAAAAAAUUGUUUUGAAAUUUUAAACUUCCAGAGAAAAAUUUUGUUUGAUAGAAAACAUUUUAAAUGGGAUUUUUUUACAUCCCAGAAAUGAUAUUUUGGACAGCACCCCAUUUUUUUACAAAUUGAAAAGAACAAAUUUUGUUAUUGUGCACGUUACUCAAUAGUAAUUGGUCCAGAGUUAAAAAGAAGUAAUACUUUAUCACUAUAUGCAGGGAGUCAGGUAAGUACUUUGUACCUAAUUUCUACUGCAUUCUGAUUCCUUGCAAUUUUUUGAACAUUCAAAAUUUUUUAAAGAAUUGCAGUUUAAAAGUGUAAACUUAAGAUGAAUUUAAAUAAUACUUCAAAAAUUAAAUAAAUUAGUAAAUUGUAUUAAUACACUGAAAUAGUUAAUGAUGCUUCAUAGUCCUUCUGUAUGAGCUGGUCAUGUUUCCAGUUAAGUGUAUAGAGAUUAAUACAACAACAUAGUGCUCCCUUUUUGCUUGAAACAGUGUUCACUAGCAUACCAUCAAAAUAGAUAUUUAUUUGAAUUUUGAAACUUUGAUGCAAGAUAUUAAUGGUUUGGAUUUUAGUUAUUUGAGGUUAGUUUACUUUUUUUUGAUACCACUUUUUUUUUUUCAUUAACUAUAUGUAAUUUUUUAUGUGAAAAAUAUCAUUUAAUAAAAAAUAUUAAUUAAUUUUCUUUAUUGCUUAGCUUGUUUUUCAGACCAAAUUGAACAAAAAAAAAAAAAAAAAAAAAUCCUGGGCUUUUUGUCAUUAAUUUUGAUUUCUUUUGUUGAUGGGGGGAGAGAUUCCAAAUAACUGUUUUCUGAAAUGUGGACAAGUCUCAUUAAUUGAAACAAUAUCCAAGUAUAUUUUUAAAUUGUUAUUGCUUUAUAAAUGUUAUAAAAAAAACCAUGCAUGUUUAUUUAAUUUUUUUCUACAAUUUUACAAUACUAUAAUUUUUAAUACCAUAUAUUCUUUUUCAAACAAGAAUUGUUUUUUAGCUUUAAUCUAGAUACUUCUAUUUUUAACAUCAAAUAAAAAAAAUUCUUCAAAAAUUCAGAGUUCUUAUAAUUUAUUUGUUCAUUACUAAUUCUAUACCAUAAAAUAAUAAACUACUUAAAUAAAUGUAGAAGCAUGUAAAAAAAGUAAUAAUUAGGAAAUAAAAUUCCAAUUUAUUUUAUGAAUUUGUUUUCUUUUUGAAGAGCAAUUCAGACUCCUCUUCCCAGACAAGAUUUUGGCCUGUGGAAUUCUAUGGCUUUUUGUUAUGCAUUACAGAAUAUUUCUAUGAAUUAUUUUACUUUGCAUUAAUUUUUACUGUCAGAUAUUCCUCUUUCAUUGUUGGAAAAUGCAAAAUAAUUAUUGAAAUUCAACAAAGAAAUCUUUAUUUCCAAAAUUUUAAAGAAGCUCUCAAUUUGUAUUCCAUGGUGUGCAAAAGCUUCUAAUAUUGCAAUAUAUGUUUAGAAAAAUGAAAGCUACAUUGUUCACUAUUUCUGGUACAUUUAUGCUUUAAAUAUGAGAAAUUUUAAGAAGAAUAAAAAAUGAAAUAAAAAGCAAAGCAUGAUAUUUGAUAAAGUAAAGAUCAUAUGAUUUUGAUAGCAUUAAAUUACUGGCUUUAAUAAUUUUGAUUCCUUCCUUUAAGUAAUAGCUAUUGUAUUUACUUUUAGUUUUGUCAUCAGUUAAUCUGUUUCACUUUUUUAUCUUCUAAUAAUAAAAAGUUUUUCAGACUUCUAAUUUGUACUGAUAUGCAGUAAU